CGCGAAUCCGCGGCCGGGGCGGGGGCGCGCGGUGGCCAGAGUUCGGCGGUUGCUUCGGGGAUCGGUGGCCGAGAGCGCGGCAGCCAGCAGCCGGCUUCCUUUCUGGCUAAGAAUGAAUGUUCACCAGGGCAGCGAUGGCGACAGGGUAUUGCAGCCAGAGCUCAGCUGCCUAGGAGAUGAGACCUUAGCUACCACUCCAGAGAAAGAAAGCGGCAGCUUGGUAUCCUGUGGUCUUCAUAGUGUCACUUGUCCCCUAGCUGCCAGGAAUGAAGACCUUGCACUUGACUAUGCCCCUCAGUCAGCGAGCCUUCAGUAUCCUCACAUAAUGCCACUUCCUGAAGACAGCAAGGGCUCAUGCUUCCAGAGUGGGAGCAAGCGGAGCCACGAGCCCUUCCUCGGUCCAGAGAGACUUGGAACCAGCGGCCUAGGUUUUGGAGGUGGCGCUCACUCUCAAGCCCCAGAGAAAGUGACGCUUCUUGUGGACGGCACCCGUUUUGUGGUAAACCCUCAGAUUUUCACUGCUCAUCCGGACACCAUGUUGGGAAGAAUGUUUGGGCCGGGAAGAGAAUACAACUUCACAAGGCCCAACGAGAAGGGCGAAUAUGAGAUCGCAGAGGGGAUCAGCGCCACUGUGUUCCGCACCGUGCUGGAUUAUUACAAAACUGGCAUCAUCAACUGUCCAGAUGGCAUCUCUAUCCCAGAUCUCAGAGACACGUGUGACUAUCUGUGCAUUAACUUUGAUUUCAACACUAUCCGAUGUCAGGAUCUGAGCGCCUUACUGCACGAGCUGUCCAACGACGGUGCCCACAAGCAGUUUGACCUCUACCUCGAGGAGCUGAUUCUGCCCAUCAUGGUGGGCUGUGCCAAGAAAGGCGAGCGAGAGUGUCACAUUGUCGUGCUGACAGACGAGGACUCCGUGGACUGGGAUGAAGACCACCCCCCACCCAUGGGGGAGGAGUAUUCCCAAAUUCUUUACAGCUCCAAGCUCUACAGAUUCUUCAAGUAUAUUGAGAAUCGAGAUGUUGCUAAAACUGUGUUAAAGGAACGAGGCCUGAAGAACAUUCGUAUUGGAAUUGAAGGUUACCCUACCUGUAAAGAAAAGAUUAAGAGGAGACCUGGUGGGCGGUCUGAAGUCAUCUACAAUUACGUGCAGCGCCCUUUUAUCCAGAUGUCCUGGGAAAAGGAGGAAGGGAAGAGUCGUCAUGUGGACUUCCAGUGUGUGCGCAGCAAAUCCCUCACUAACCUGGUGGCUGCUGGAGAGGACAUCUUGGAAGACCAGGGGACAGUGAUGCAUCAUCCACCACAAGUGGACGAACUCGACCGCUUAAAUGCUCCACUUGCUCAGAUGGCGCCGAGUGACUUUCAAGAUUAGGGGUGAAGGCCUUUUGCUGGAUCUCUCUCUCUCUCUCUGUGGGUACCCCAACCAGGCCUCCCUGCCCUCCUGUGGUGUCUGUCCUUCACCUCUGAGUUAUUAAUGUGCCCUUUUCUGGGUCUGCCUCUGGCUGGGCAAAGCAGCUCUCCGGUAAUUACACGACCAGCUUUACCAGCCCUGGCAAACAAACCUUUUGGGUCUGGUGCUCUUGGCUGAAUCUUUCCAUUCUCCUCCUGGUGCAGGACAGGAAGUGGGCUGUUGCCUGACAUUCUGCACAGCCACCCCUCUUACACAGUGAGUGCUUUCACAUCAGACACAUUGCUUAAUAGCAGAAGGACCAAACGUCAGAGGAGACACUCUGGCUGGGGCGGGUGUGCCCACCUGAGGAGGUGUGCGGGGUGGGUGAAAGGUGGGGGGGCCUGGGGACUGCACCCAGAUGCCAUCUGGGUAGAAUGCUGAAAGGGAUUACUAAGAGCUCCAGCCCCGCUCUGCUUCUCACUAACAUAGGAGCAAACCAACCCACAAGACGGCGUCUGCGGCAGGAAGAGCAGUGGCCCGGCCGUGGGCCGUGGACUUGUGCAACCUGAUGCUUCAUUUGGAAGUGAAAUUUGCAAAUGAGGUGGCAGAAUAGCUCCAGAAUGGGCCAGCUGCACCCUGCUCUGGUGGGAAGCCACAGUGCCUGUCCCCAGGGACAGCUCCUUGCCAAGGGUGUGGUAGGAGACUGAUGCCUUGACGAUUUGCUUAGCACCGUCCUUCGAGCUCCAGGGGGAGGGCAUCUGUGGUUAGCUGGGCAGGUGCUGCCCAAAGGCCUCAUUCCGUAUGCUCACUCUUUAUUUUUUUGUGUGUUCGGUUUUUUCGAGACAGGGUUUCUCUGUGUAGCCCUGGCUGUCAUGGAGCUCACUCUGUAGACCAGGCUGACCUCGAACUCAGAAAUUCGCCUGCCUCUGCCUCCCAGAGUGCUGGGAUUACAGGCGUGCGCCACCACUGCCCGGCUUUAUUUUUUUUAAAAACAGGUCGUUAGCUACUGGAACAUGGCAAAAAAGUAGUACAGUGAGUGGUCAUCACCAAAAUCGGGGCCAGGCCUUGGUAUUUGGUUUAUCUGUUCAGGCUUGCGUGUGUGGUGGAUGGUGGUCCAGAUCAUUCCCCUGCCCCUGACAUUUCCAUGGCUGUUGGCAGUGUGAGAGAGAGCCAGACAGCAGCAUCUGGGAUUAUCUUACUUCCUGGGACAAGUUGACCCGUGAGUCCAUCCUCUACCCUGGGCAUUUUUCCAUCAUAGGUGGUGUGUAAGCUGUUUACUUCACGCUCUAUAGAGAACACAUCUUGGUUCUUUUGUUUGUUUGUUUGUUUUUGUUUUUUUUGUUUUUCUCGAGACAGGGUUUCUCUGUAUAGCCCUGGCUGUCCUGGAACUCACCCUGUAGACCAGGCUGGCCUCAAACUCAAAUCCUCCUGCCUCUGCCUCCCAGAGUGCUGGGGUCACAGGUGUGCCCCACCACCGCCCGGCGACAUCUGGGUUCUUGAAGGCUGCUCCUAUAAGACACUGUGUAGCAUAACUACUUGAUGGCAAUAAAAUGAGGUUUUGGAAGCCCUCUCUUUAGUAUUGAAGAACAAGAGUGUUCUUACAACAGUUUUCUGUGCUUGUGGCUGCACAGUGGGAAUUAGUGCAAGAGCUUCCUUGCUCAGAAAAGAACUAAAGGGUAAACGAGGCUCCAGUGUGCGUGGUGACUCGGUGUUGUCGGUGAGGUAGCGGGCUGAGGUUAUGUGUGUCAGUCAGGAGCUUCCCUGUGUCAGGAGCUUACUUGAAGGUGCUUGGCUUGUGUUUGAGGCAGGUCUGGCUCUGACUUUGUUGGUGCUCCGUGGUUGCUCACCUGCAGCUCCGCCCCAGCCCUGGGUCAGCGGUGCUCCCGGCUUCUCCGUGGCCGCUCCAGUGUUUAUGUAUCUGUGUAAUGCUCAGUGUGAGCACAGGCCUUUCUUUAUCCUUUGGAGUUAGUUCACUGGCUUUGGCCUUUUAUGAACUAGGUCUUCACCCAACACUCUAACCCAUGGAGUUGACUAGGAGGCAAUCUAAAGGCCUCUCCAGUGACGCUGGUGGUGGCAACUAGAGGGAAGGCUGGAGACAUAGGCUCCUUGUGGUGAGGGAAGCUUUUUUGUAUCUCAGCCCCACCCUUACCUACAUUUCAGUGUCAUUGUAGUUUGGUGUCUUGCCUACUGUUCUCAGGGUUGGGACACUUUUUUCCUUUUUGUUGGGGGGUGGAGUAGGGUGGUGUUACAAAACAAGACUUUUCUAGGUAGCUCUGGCUGUCCUGGAACUCACUCUGUAGAUCAGGCUGGCCCUCAAACUAAAGCGAUCCACCCGCCUCUGACUUCAGUGCUAGGACUAAAAGGUUUUCUCUGCCACUGACUGGCCCCAAAUUGGGACAUUCUUUAGUGAUGGGACCUUUCAGGAUCAAGGGCUGGAUUACAGUCAUCUUUGGAGUUGAUGAUUGGCUAAGGGAGAGAGGAUUUUUCUCAUAAAAAGAUGGAUUUUGGGCUCAGUGUCUUUUGUAAGUGCCUGAAUAAGCAAGCUGGGCUGCGUGCACAGCCAGUCUCCUGAGAACGGUGAAGUCACACCUUAGAGUCUCAGAGUAUCUUACAAGACAAAAAAGAUGAAGCUGAUCCUGAGUGUCGACUCCCCGGCAUACCCUGGUUGUGGCUUGUGUAGCUGACUAGGGACACCUGCAUUAAGGAGUUGGAGACUGGGGCAGACACAGUAUUAGAACAUAACAAAUGGGGGAGAUGGCAGGAUUUGAGGAAGAUAGGGAGCCCCUCAGGAGAUGCUGUGUAAUGUCUGAUGUGUGCAGACCUGAGAGUGCUCUGCAGGAAACCCAGGAAGGGGCGGCUUCUCAGAGGGGGUGAUGUGUCUUAGGGAAAAGAAAUGUUCCAAGCACAGGCUUCAACUCAAGUGGAAAGUUUUAGUGGUGGCCAUCAACAACUUCUGAGAUGAGUGCAGGGAACUCAGCAGGACACUGCUGCCCUCCCAGGAGGCAGAACCACGCUUGUGUCUGAAGGGAUCAUUCUGGAGAAGUAUGUUUUCUCCUAAGGGUAAACUGUGUGUGGAGUUUGCCUCUCACAUUAUAUUUACUUUUGAAGUUGCACUUGUUCGCCUCCCAGUGUUUACGGAAUCCUGUGUAUGGGAUGCUUUUUCUAUAAUAAAGUAUUUUUAUUUGUG